CCAAUUUGAUCAUACGGACGUAGCAAAUUCUUCCUGUCAACUCUCUCACACUAAAACCCCUUAAACCCUAAACCCUCCUCUGCCUCUCGUCUCUCAGCUCUUUCUCUCAAGUUGUCAAUGUCCUCAUUAGCAAGCAGAGCCAAUCCUCUCCUCAAUUCUCUUCCUCAUUUCCUCACAUGGCGUGCGCUCGGCUUCCGCACCAUCUGCAGCGGCCGCCUCGGCUUUGCACCCUCCGAUCCGGACCCACCUCACGCCGGAACCAAGGUCCUUGAGACUUUCAAAGAAGAAUUCGAGAUUGGAUCGCGCCUUAUUACCCUCGAAACGGGGAAAAUCGCUCGAUUUGCUAAUGGCUCUGUCGUUUUAGGCAUGGAAGGAACCAAAGUGCUAGCCACAGUCACUGCUGCUAAAGGCGACUCUGUUCGAGACUUUUUACCUCUCACUGUUGAUUACCAAGAGAAACAAUUUGCCCGAUGUGUAAUUCCUAAUACAUUCAUGCGAAGGGAAGGUUCUCCAAAAGAACGUGAGCUCUUGUGUGGUCGUAUCAUUGACCGACCUAUUCGACCACUCUUUCCUGUUGGAUUUUACCAUGAAGUUCAGGUAAUGGCAAGUGUUCUUUCUUCAGAUGGGAAACAAGAUCCAGAUGUAAUGGCAGCUAAUGCGACAUCUGUUGCUCUGAUGUUGUCAGAUAUUCCUUGGGGCGGGCCCAUCGGAGUGAUACGCAUAGGAAGGAUUUGUGGACAAUUUAUUGUUAAUCCAACCAUGGAUGAGCUCAGCUUAAGUGAUCUGAACUUAGUAUAUGCCUGUACAAAGGACAAAACCUUAAUGAUAGAUGUGCAAGCUCGGGAGAUAUUGGAGAAAGAUCUGGAAGCAGGGUUAAGACUGGCACAUCCAGAGGCUGUUAAGUAUCUUGAACCACAAAUCAGACUUGCUGCCAGAGCUGGGAAGAAUAAGAAGGAUUACAAACUGUCUAUGGUGUCUGAAAAAACAUUAGAAGAAGUUAGAAACUUAGCAGAAACACAAAUUGAAUCUGUUUUUACGGAUUCCUCGUAUGGCAAGUUUGAACGUGGAGAGGCUUUAGAUAACAUUACACAAGACGUAAGAAGAAAACUUGAAGAAGACUGUGAUGAAGAAAGCUUAAAUGUUCUUCCAAAGGCAAUAGACACAGUAAGGAAACAGGUUGUUCGCAGGAGGAUUAUUUCAGAAGGAUUUAGAGUUGAUGGAAGACGUCUUGAUGAAGUCAGGCCUUUGUAUUGUGAGGCUGGUAAUUUACCUCUAUUGCAUGGAUCUUCACUUUUUUCUCGUGGAGAUACUCAGGUUCUCUGUGCUGUGACACUUGGAGGACCUGGAGAUGCGCAACGCAUGGAAUCCUUGGUUGGACCUCCAACAAAGCGCUUCAUGCUGCACUAUAGUUUUCCACCAUUUUCAAUUAAUGAAGUUGGCAAACGAGUUGGCUUGAACAGGCGUGAAGUUGGGCAUGGAACCCUUGCUGAGAAGGCUCUGCUUGCUGUUUUGCCUCCUGAGGAUGAUUUUCCUUAUACUGUUCGUGUCAAUUCUGAAGUCAUGGCAUCUGAUGGUUCAACAUCAAUGGCAACUGUUUGUGGAGGUAGUAUGGCUUUGAUGGAUGCUGGCAUUCCAUUACAAGAACAUGUUGCUGGUGUUUCUGUGGGUCUUGUUAGCGAAGUUGAUCCAUCAACUGGUGAAAUCAAGGACUAUCGUAUACUGACUGAUAUUUUGGGCCUCGAAGAUCAUUUGGGGGACAUGGACUUCAAAAUAGCUGGAACACGUAAUGGAGUUACCGCAAUUCAGUUAGAUAUAAAACCUGCUGGAAUUCCUUUAGAUAUCAUUUGUGAGUGUUUAGAACACGCACGUAAAGGCCGCCAUCAAAUCCUUGAUCACAUGGAACGUGAGAUUAGUGCACCACGUACUCAAGAUGACAGGAAUCGUCCUCGGAUAGCUACAUUGAAGUUCAGCAAUGAUGUUCUUCGUCAGCUAAUUGGCCCUCUUGGUGCUGUUAAGACAAAAAUUGAAGAGGAAACAGGAGCCCGAUUAUCUGUUAGUGAUGGUACACUUACUAUUAUUGCCAAGAAUCAGAUUGUAAUGGAAAAGGCACAAGAAAAGAUUGAUUUCAUGGUUGGCCGCGAAAUUGAAAUUGGUGGGGUUUAUAAAGGCAUUGUAACUUCAAUAAAAGAAUAUGGUGCCUUUAUUGAGUUUAAUGGUGGCCAGCAAGGUCUGCUGCAUAUUUCCGAGUUGUCACAUGAACCGGUCUCUAAGGUUUCAGAUGUAGUAUCUGUUGGUCAGCAGCUUUCUUUGAUGUGCAUAGGGCGGGAUGUUCGUGGUAACAUUAAAUUAUCCCUUAAAGCAACUUUACUUCAGCCAGGGCAAUCGAAGACGAAUAAUGUGGCUGAAGGACCUGUUCCUGCCAUGAACGAAACUCCCAAGGUCUGGGCCUCAGUUGAGAGUGUGUCUAAUGAACAAGAUGAAGUGAAACCUAUGGCUGAGUUGCUGGUGAAUAGAAGGGUGGUCAGUUCAACAUCAUCAUCACCAGCGCUUCUAAUUCGAAGUGUUGAAGAGUGUGACGAAGAGGAAAAAUCUGCUGGUCUGAGCGAGGAUUCCAAUAUUACAUCUAAAACCUCGCAGGCUUCAAAAAGGAAUAGGAAGUCAAAAACAAAUCUACCUAAAAAUGAUGACUCACAUUCACCAUUUCCUAGUUCUGUUAUCUUUUCACAUACUGAGGAUAGCUUGAAUAAUAACGAGGCUGAAGUUGAGGCUCCUAUCAGUGCAAAAAAUUUGAAACUCGGGACAAAGGUUACUGCCAAGAUUUACCAAAUUCGUAGACAUGGGUUGGUCCUUGAUUUGGGUGGUGGAGUUCGUGCCAUGUAUCGGUUUGAGACAAAUGGCAAGAGGGAAUUUGAGCUGGGUAAUGAGCUACGAGUCAAGUGUACAAGCUUUUCCAGCAAGGGGGUCCCAAUAAUGUCUUUGGUGGAUGCAUAUUAAUCAUCACAAUGUCUAAUUUAAUGGCCACAAAAAUAGCGACCAGCAGAAGUUGAGUCGAAGAAAUUCGUGUGGCAAUACAUACCAAAAAUUGACAGAAAUUUUGCGUUUCACUCGCAUCUGGACGAGACCUGUUCGUGGAUAUGGCCUUGGUUUGAGCUAGCCUUCGUGAUCUAGCAAAAAAUUACUGAUGAUGGUGCUCAUUUCAAGAUCAAUGUUGCUAUAUGUGGAGCAUUCUGACCUGGUUCUGUCGUUUAAAAAACUGUGGUGUUAUCAUCUAUUGCUCCUAACCUGAAAAUUUUGGUUUGCUGCUUUUGCUUAUCUUCUUUUUUUCAAAGUUCCUAUGUUGUAAGAAAAUUUUUACGUUGUUUAUGAGCCGGCUUUUAUUUUGUUCAAAUUUGAGUACUAGCAGAUAGCCUGGCCAUGUACUAAUUCAGCUGGCCCGUGGCCAAUGGUGAAUCUUAACCGGACCCAGAGAGGCUGGUUUUCCACAGCUUUGGGCCGGUUAAGGGUGGUUAUGGUUUAGGUUUCAAAUUGAGAUAAUUUAAUAGUUAAAAUAUUUAUUUUUCUA